GCUAAAGUCUCAAAGAACGGCGCCGUUAUGCCCCGCCCAGCAUACGCAACGCCGGCGAACGCUUUGCCAUGUGGUUUUCUCGCGAGAGUUUCUUUAUAGCACUGGCGGCGCUCUGGUCUGGUUCCGUGAUGUCUAUGUCUCACACAAUUUUGCUUGUUCAGCCUACCAAGAGGCCAGAAGGGAGAACAUAUGCUGACUAUGAAUCGGUGAAUGAGUGCAUGGAGGGAGUUUGUAAAAUGUAUGAAGAACAUCUGAAGAGAAUGAAUCCCAACAGCCCAUCCAUUACGUAUGACAUCAGCCAGUUGUUUGAUUUUAUUGAUGACCUGGCAGACCUCAGCUGUCUUGUUUACCGUGCUGACACUCAGACAUACCAACCCUACAAUAAAGACUGGAUAAAGGAGAAGAUCUACGUCCUCCUCCGCAGGCAGGCUCAGCAAGCAAGCAAAUAAUGGGGCAGCCUCAUUAUGGGGUUUGGGGAGGGCUUGGACAACAGGUGUGUACAGUAGUAGAAGUUUUGUAUUAUAGUCAUCCUGUUGUCAUCUUGUUAAAUUCUAGUCAGGACUGAAUGUAUUGUUAGCGACGCAAGGAUUUUGUUCAGUUUGAAACCCUCUUUUUAGUGUAAAUGAAGAAGAAAAUGUAACAUCUUUGGUAGGGAUUUAACUUUGUUUCUCUCUGGUUAGCUAACAAUCCUACUUUUGUUCAACCCCCUAGGGCUGUUCAUAUGCUUUGCCAGAUUCACUGUAUGUGCCCUUCCGCGGGAUAUCCAACUAUUAGUUAUGUCAUUGAGACAAAAGACUUAGUGGAAAAUAAAAUGAAUACUCUUUAGUUAAA